AUGGCAUCGUCAGCAUCUCCUUUAUCGCUUCUCUCCCUGCCCUUUGACAUCAGGAAGCGGAUCUAUGCCUUUGCCGGGCUGAUCCGAGAAUGUCCUGUCACCAUUGCGCCGUCUUCCCAGGCAAGCCUCUUCUAUGACCCCCGGCCACUACCUCCAAAUCACACCUGCGCCUUUAAAUUUCGCCAGCAAGGGAAGCCGGACCGCGCGUCGCGCGGCCAUGCCCCGGACUGCUUGUGCCCAGAGUUCCCUAAACAGCUGCUGCUCGUCUGCAAGGCCCUGCACCAAGAGGUCCAGAAAGUCCUCUACGGCGACAACAAGUUUGUCCUCUGCACCCACGGCGACCCUGGCGGUCUCGGGGCCUUGAAGACACUUUCCAAAGACGCGAUAUGCUCGUUACGCUACCUUCUCGUCCGGCUGAAUAGCUGGCCUUGUCCUCGAGGGCACAGCCGUGCCAACUUGAAGAUGAAUCGGUGUCAGAUCUGCCCCAACUCUGUUUCGCAAAGCGACCCGGAGCUCUCAGCUGGGGACAACGCAUCUGAACUUAUUCUCAAGGAGUGGGAGACAAUAUGCCAGAGUCUAUCACAUAUUCCUCCGGGCCAUCUCCAACUUGAGUUUAUCUGCGAUGUCAGUGAUGCAGACACUGCUCGGCGUGUAUUGCAGGCAUUAGACUCUAUCCCCCGCCUUAAGGAGUGUAUAAUCAGGCUUGGGAGGAAACCUAACCAUGCCCUCCAGUCAAUUGCUACAGAAACCGCUACCAGAGUCGCCGCAAAGAGCAGUAUAUCUCAACCUUUCCACUACUUCGGACUACCUCAGGAAGUCCGUCUCCGCAUUCUCUGGUAUACAAACCUAGGGCUGGGGGGUUCAUUCCUCCCAAGCCAAAAGAGUCUCCAUGUCGUCAAUGGGAAGCUCGACCAACGGUUCGCCUCAUCUGGCAUGCACACCAGCGACGCUGUACGGUCGUGUUGUCUCCAGUGCUCCUUUACCAAACUCCAUUGCUCCUGCCCCUUGAAAUACGCGGCAUACAGCCCUUACUGCCAGUGCAGGUCCCUCCCUCUGGAGCUCUUCCAUGUCAGCCGGCAGAUGGCCCAAGAUGCUUCUGAGGUGCUUUAUUCUAUGAACAUCUUCCGAUUUAGGGGCUCGUUCUCUGAUACAAAAAACAUGCUCAGUAUGAUUCCUGGAGAAUCUCUGAAGCAGCUGAAGCGCAUUGAGUUUGACCUCGACACGAUGCAGACAUUGCACUGGGAUAAGCACAAGGCAGAUUGGCGUGAUCUUCUCUCAUUUAUAAGCACUCAUUGCGAUCACACUAGGCUUCAUCUGAAAAUCACCGUCGAUCCAGGGGACUAUGAGGUCGUUCGGGAAACCGAGGAAGUUGAGGAAGCAAUGGUCGACUUUUAUGCCGCCUACGUUGAUCUCAUCCGCGCUAUCAAGGAGGCCGGUCUCGGGCUCCAAGACUUCCACCUAUUCCUGCCGUUGUUCUUCGACUUGGAGCCUGUCCUGGAGAGAUACAUCAUGGGCCCGGACUAUGACAGCAAGAAUGGAAAUCGGUAUUCGAAGGCUGCCCACAGCGCGGAGCUAUAUCCGCACGUCCACCCAUACUUUAAGUCGAUCCCUGACUGGCAUAAGGAUCUGAUUGAUUGA